AUGGGCCCAGCCCCCCCAUCGCCCCCCAUCGCCCCGCACAGCCCUUCCCCCACCCACCCCCUCCCCACCCCCCGAUGGACGCCCUCAACCCUCGGCUCCUCCAACGCUCCCCGUGUUCCCCGCUCGCUUGGGACCCUGCAGACCCCCCCAGCCCGGCUUCCCCCACCCCUCAGCGGGGGGUCCCACGCUGCGUCGCGCAGGGGGGCUGCUGCUGUGGCUGUGCGGGAUGGCGGCGACCCCGGAGCGGGGCGGGGCAGCGGCUGGGGCGGGCGCUGGACGGACGGCUCGGCUCUGAGCGCUUCGAGGCCAUGCUGCAGGCCCAGGGGGUUUCAUCGGACACGGCGCGUCUGUUGUGCGCCGGGAGCGACCAGCAGCGCCGCCGGGUGCUGGCGACGGCGAGAAACUGCGAGGAGCUGCGGGCGCCCCGCGGAGGCGCGGUGCGCGGGGUGGCCCGCGCUGCCGUUGGCGCAGACGCUGCACGCGAUGGGAGCCGGACGGACGCGAGCCGGGGAAAAAAUCGACCCGAGUGUCGGAGCCGAGCGUGCUGGUGGGAGGCGGUGGCAGCGGCUGCGGAAGGUGAGGGGGAGGCGGGGGGGCACAAAGCGGGGCCGGUCCCGCUGUCGGUCCCGGUGCCGCAUCCUGGUGCCAUAUCUUGCCCUGGUUCCACAUCCCUGUGCUGGUCCCACAUCCCUGUGCUGGUCCCACAUCCCUGUGCUGGUCCCGGUGCCGUAUCAAGGUGCCGUUUCCCGGUGCCCUGUCCGGUGCCGCAUCCCGGUGCCGUUUCCCGGUGCCAUAAUCUUGUUGUUGGUCCUGGUGCCACAAAACCGGUUCCACAUCCCAGUGCCGGUCCCUGUGCCGCAUCACAGUGCCGUUUCCUGGUGCCGUAUCCCAGUGCUGCAUCCCGGUGCCGUAUCCUGGUGCCGUAUCAAGGUGCCCCAUCCCGGUGCCGCACCCCAGUGCCAUUUCCCGCUGCCCGUAUCUCGGUGCCGCAUCCCGGUUUUGCAUCCCACUGCCUCAUCCCGGUGCCAACAACCCAGUGAAGUAUCCCGGUGCCGCAUCCUGGUGCCGUUUCCUGAUGCACCACCCCAGUGCCGUAUCAAGGUGUCGGGUCCCGGGUGCCACAAACCGGUACCACAUCCUGGAGCCGCAUCCCGGUUCCACAUCCCAGUGCCACGUCCCAGUUUUGCGUCCUGGUGCCACAACCCAGGGAAGUAUCCCAGUUCCACAUCCCAGUUCCACAUCCCGGUUCCACAUCCCGGUUCCACAUCCCGGUGCCGCAUCCUGAUGCCGUUUCCCAGUGCCGUAUCAAGGUGCCAGUCCUGGUGCCGUAUCGCAGUGCCGUUUCCCGGUGCCCUGUCCCGGUUCCACAUCCCCGUGCCGCAUCCCGGUGCCGUAGACACCAAGGUGUCAGUCCCAGUACUGCAUCCCGGUUCCACAUCCCAGUGCCGGUUCUGGUGCCGUAUCCCUGUGCCCCAUCCCGGUGCCGUAUCCUGGUGUCAGUCCCAUUGCCUCAUCCCGGUUCUGCGUCCCGGUGCUGUUUCCCGGUACCACAUCCCGCUGCCGUAUCCCGGUGCCACAUCCCGGUGCCGUUUCCCAGUGCCCAAUACUGGUGCCGUAUCCCGGUGCCGGUCCCGGUUCCACAUCCCGGUUCCACAUCCCGGUGCCGUAUCAAGGUGCCGGUCCCGGUGCCACAUCCUGCAUCCCAGAUCCACAUCCCGGUGCUGUAUCCCCGUGCCAGUCCCGGUUCUGCAUCCUGGUGCUGGUUCCGGUGCCACAUCCCGGUUCCACAUCCCGGUGCCAGUCUCAGUUCCGCCUCCUGGUGCCAUAUCCCAGUGCCGCAUCCCAGUACCGUAUCCUGGUGCUGCAUCCCGGUUCCACAUCCCAGUGCCCCAUCCUGGUGCCGUAUCCAAGUGUCGGUCCCGGUUCCGCAUCCUGGUGCCAUAUCCAGGUGCUGCAUCCCGGUACCGUAUCCCGGUUCUGCAUCCUGAUUCCACAUCCUGGUUCUGUAUCCUGGUGCCGGUCCCGGUGCUGCAUCCCAGUUCUGCAUGCCGGUGCUGCAUCCCAGCGCCCCAUCCCAGCGCCCCAUCCCAGUGCCGCAUCCCAGUUCCGGUCCUGGUUCUGGUCCUGGUUCCGGUCCCGGUUCCGUGUCCCAGCGCCCCGUCCCGUUUCCCACAGGUGACCCCUGGCUGCGGCUGCACCACAACGGCCGCUUUGGGAGCGCGCAGCUCCAGGCCCUGCAGAGCGCGCUGCUGCUGGAACCGGACCCGAUUCACGGCACCGGGACCAACACCGAUACCGGCACCGAUACCGGCACCGCCGCGCCGCCCCGCAUCGCCGACAUCAUCCUGCCCCGCACGGAGCUCCGCGGGGAACAAUAACGGCGGUUCCGUGCGGGGGGGAAUCCGUGAGCGGGGCGACGGGAGCGACGCCGAACCGGCCCGCAGUGACACCGAACCGGACCGGCCCCGCAGCGACACCGGACCGCCCAGUAACGACACCGAACCGCCCGGGUCCUGCAGCGACACUGAACCGCCCCUGUCCCGCAGUGACACCGAACCGGACCGGCCCCGCAGCGACACCGGACCGUCCCAGUCCCUCAGUAGCACCGAACCAAUCCGGUUCCGCAGCGGCACCGAACCGCCCAAGCACCGCAGCGACACCGAAGCGCCCUUCAGAGACACCGAACCGGACCGGUCCCGCAGCGACACCAAAGCGCCCCGCAGCGACACUGGACCGCCCAGUAGCGACACCGAACCGGUCCUGCAGCGACACCGAACCGCUUCGGUCCCGCAGUGACACCGAACCGGCCCGGCACUGCAGUGACACCGUAGCGCCCCGCAGCGACACCGGACCGCAGUGACACCGAAGCGCCCCGGUCCCUCAGUAGCACCGAACCACCCCGGUCCUGCAGCGCCACCGAAUCACUCUGGCCCGCAGCGACACCGAACCGGACCGGCCCCACAGCGACACCGAAGCGCCCCCCAGCGACACCAAACCGGCCCGGCACCGCAGCGACACCGAACCGGCCCGGUCCCUCAGUGACACCGCAACGCCCGCAGCGACACCGAACCGCCCCAGCAGCGCAGCGACACACCGAACCGGCCCGGUCCCGUAGCGACACCGGACAGCAGUGACACCGAACCGGCCCGCAGUGACACCGCUCCGGUCCAGCAGUCACACCGAACAGCAGUGACACCGAACCGGCCCGGUCCAGCAGUGACACCGAACCGCAGUGACACCGCAUCACCCCGCAGUGACACCGAACCGCAGUGACACCGCAUCACCCCGCAGUGACACCGAACCGGCCCGGUCCAGCAGUGACACCGAACCGCAGUGACACCGCACCGCCCCGCAGCCCCGCGCUCCGAGCAGCGCUCGCAGCAGAGCGCUGCGCUCAGCGGGCCGAACAGCGCCCCCUGCUGGACGGAGCGCCACGGUCCUCCUAGAACACGACCGAUCUGUCCAUCUAUGAGUCCGUGUGUCCGUCCGCGUUUCCGUGUGUCCGUCCGCGUUUCCG